AUGCAAUUUUCAAAACCUCAAAAUUUUCAAUGCUCAAUUUCUACAGCUGAAAAUGAACAAAAAUUAUUAAAUGAUAAUAUUAGAUCAACAUUUGGUGAUAGUUUGUAUUUUUUCAAUUAUGAUGAUGAGUUAAAAGAUGAUUUAAACCUAACACUCAGCUCUGGAAAGAAAAAAACUCUCGAAAAUGAUGAAUUUACUGAAACUUGGGAAGGAAAUGAUGAAGGCCUCAUAUGGGGGAAAAAAGAAGCCAAGGACAAAAGUUGGAAAGAAGAAUGGAUUGAGCAGAGAAAUAUUCCUAGAGAUUCGAAUAUUUCGCAGGUGUCCUAUAGUGAAGAUGAGUCAUCAAGCAACAUUGAUUUUCAAGCUAUAAAAGGUGAAUUAAAUGAAGAAAGUAAUGAAGAAAAAGAUUUGUCUGAGCUUAAAAAGUUGGAAAAUUGUGAUAAAGCAUCUCUUGGCCAACUAAUUGGUGUAGAUUAUAAAAAAAACAGAAGAUGGAAAGAAAAGUGGUUUAGAAGAGGCAGAAAACUUUUUGUUAGAAAGUUUAUUCAACAACUUUGUGAAAACAAUUUACGAGUGAUAAACGUGUGGUUUGAGGAUUCUGAGUUUAAUUAUGAACCAAUCAAUUUUGAUCAAAAUGGGUCGAGCUGGAAGUUACUUAGGAGCAAUAAAUAUGGGAAAAAAAUAUUGGAGCAAAAGGAAUGGAAAGAAUCAAGUGAUUUCUUCAAUGAUUACUACAUAAUAUUAUAUGAGGAAAGGGGAAUUUCCAAUGAAACAAACAAUUACCCCUAUUUCUAUUCUAAAAAAAAAAAAGUAUACAAAGACAAUUCAGAAACUAUUUUUUCCAGAUAUUACAAAGGGUGUAGUGGAGAAAAUAAGAAUUCUGAUAUUGAAGUAAUUUCUUCCAAAUAUGAUAUUUCCUCAGAUGAUCUAACUAUUGACGAAUUAUGCCUUGUUAAUUCAGUUGAUGGUAUCGAAUACUCAGAAUCUUGGAAAGAGUACAUUGAGAUAGAUAGUUAUGGGAAUAAAAAAGGUAGAAAAUAUGGUAAUAGAGACAAAACUGAAUGGCAUGAAGUUUGGUUUGAAGAAGUAGAUGGAUCAAAAGAAUGCGAUAUUUGGUAUGAAAACAAUGAAAUGCAAUGGGGAGAAAAAAGUGGUUAUUCCAAAUCAAGUAAUGAGAGCUUUAAAGUCAAAUGGGAAGAGAAAAAAGAUAAAAGUGGUUUGAAAGAAGAAAAACAUAUCGAGAAAAAUUGGGAAAAGGUUGGAGAAAAAAAUUCUUGGGGAGAAAAAUUUUCGGAAUUUGUAGAUCAAACUUCGUCCGGAAAGAAAGUUCAUUUAUUAAAAGAAAAUUGGUAUAAUAACGGGAAUGAAGUUUUUAGAGAAAAGUGCGAUGAAGAGUCACAAUUUAGCAAUCAGGAUCAAGACGAGCUUCCAGUUUCAAUUUUAAGAAGUGGAGAAAAAAGAGGUGAAAGGAUAGCUACCGGAGAAACUUGGUCUGAAGAUUGGAGUGAGAGUCUCAAAAAAUGUCAGAUCAGUAAAAAAAUAAUAAGAAAUAAAUUGUUUACUGAUAAAUGGUGGACAAAAAAAAAUGGUGAAAAAUGGGGUGAAAAGAAAACAAUAAAAUUAAAACAAAAAUUCACUUGCGAUGAAAAGUUGAAAAUAUUAGAUAAAGAUAGUUUGGGUUUAACGCAACCAAACGAACAUUCAUACAUAGAGAACACUGAGUCGUGGUAUUCGUCUGAAUUUGAGGAAUACUCUGACAACUGGGAAUCUGAUGGUUUGAGUCAGCAUGGCUAUAAAAAAGGAAUAGAUAGAAAACAUAAUAACAAUAGAUUUAUAGAAUGGGAAGAAGAAUGGAAUAAGGAUAAUUUAGAAAAAUUUAAAAAAUAUUGUACUUGGAAAUUAAUGGAUGAAAAUGGACUAAUUGAAAUCUGGACAGAAGAUCAACUUCAAGAUCAGUCAGGAAAGUUAACGCUGUAUAAGAUGGGCAAAAAAUAUGAUCUUGAUAACAGGACUGAAUUAAUUGAAGAAUGGGAAGAAAAAUGUAAUGAUGAUGGUAAUGGAAAUUUAUACUCAAUAAAACAAGGGAAAGGUAAAGAAAACUGGUAUAUGGAUGAAUUUGGUAAAUCAAAUCACACUGGAGAACAGUGGGUAGUAAAACAAGGUUUUGAUAAGGAAGGAAGCUGGUCAGAAAGAUGGUCGGAAAGGUCAGAUUAUAAAGAAGCAUUGAAGAAGGGAGAAAAUCGUUAUGGGGAUAAAUGGGAAGAAGAAUGGAAAGAAGAUUUCAAAAAUAAAUGGAAAUGGGCAAGGAAGAGCGGUGAAAACAACAUUGGAGAUAAAUGGAAAGAGGAGUGGAGAGAAGAGAUAGAUACUACAAAUCAUGUCAGUAAGAAGAAUGCAUCUAAAAAGGGCAAAAAAAUGAUUAGUGGUGAGGAGUGGAGUGAAGAAUGGGGAGAACUAUAUUAUGGAUUAGGAAAUGAAUUUAUGGGAGAGGGGGGAGUAAACGCUGAGUAUAUGGAAAAAUGGACUAAUAAAUAUGCAACAGAUGGAAGUGGCAAUAAAUGGGGAAAUUCUUGGGGAGAUACGUGGACUUGGUCUACAAAGGUAAAGUCUUGGGGUGAAAAGUGGGAAAACAACUAUAUAAAAGAAAAGUGGUAA